CCAAGUCGAGCUCGUUUCCUCUCCACCUCACCCCAGAUCCUAAUUAAGCUCCAUACUUCUAAUUCUUUCUCGUAGCAUCAUACCAGCUCCAGGAAAUGGUGUUCUCCUACAAGGUGGCCAAUGCUUCCGAGUACUUAGCCAUCACUGGCUAUGGCAUCAGUGACGUGAAGCUUGCCAAGAAGGGAUGGAUCCUCCCAGGCCAAUCAUGCACUGUCUUCGACGUCUCCCCUGUCAACUACACCUUCGAGGUACAGGCGAUGAGCGCCGAGAAGCUCCCCUUCCUCCUCCCUGCCGUCUUCACCAUUGGCCCUCGUGCCGAUGACCCCGAGAGCCUUAUGAAGUAUGCCAAGCUCAUCUCCCCCCAUGACAAGCUCUCCAACCACGUCAAGGAGCUCGUUGAGGGCGUCAUCGAGGGCGAGACACGAGUCCUCGCUGCCUCCAUGACCAUGGAGGAGAUCUUCAAAGGCACCAAGUCGUUUAAACAAGAAGUGUUCGAGAAAGUCCAGCUGGAGCUCAACCAGUUUGGCCUCUUGAUCUACAAUGCUAACGUUAAGCAAUUGGUGGAUGUGAGAGGCCAUGAGUAUUUUAGCUACCUUGGGCAGAAGACGCAGCAGGAGGCGGCAAACCAGGCGAAGGUGGACGUCGCAGAGGCGAGGAUGAAGGGGGAGAUCGGGGCGAAGCAGAGGGAGGGAAAGACGCUGCAGAAUGCAUCCAAGAUCGAUGCGGAGACGAUGGUGUACUCGAAGCAGAGGGAGGGGGAGGGAAGGAAGGAGGAGGUGAGGGUGCGGACGGAGGUGAAGAUUUUCGAGAAUAACAGGGAGGCCGAGGUGGCGGAGGCGGAUGCGGAGUUGGCGAAGAGGAAGGCAGAGUGGGCGAAGGGAGCGCGGGUGGCGGAGGUGGAGUCGGAGAAGGCGGUGGCGAUACGAGAGGCGGAGCUGCAGAUGGAGGUGGAACGGAGGAACGCGAUGCGGCAGACCGAAAAGCUCAAGGCAGAGAAACUCAGCCAGGCCAUAGUUGAUUAUGAGAUGAAGGUCCAAGAGGCGAACUGGAAGCUGUAUAAGAAACAGAAGGAAGCUGAAGCCCAGUUGUAUGAACAAGAGAGGGCAGCUGAAGCUCGUAAGGCCACAGCAGAAGCAGCAUUCUUUGCUCGCCGGCAGGAGGCUGAGGGGGAGCUCUAUGCAAAGAAAAAGGAGGCUGAAGGCUUGGUCACACUCGCAGAAGCCCAGGGCAUCUACCUGCGCACAUUGCUAGAUGCCUUGGGAGGGAAUUAUGCUGCUUUAAGGGACUAUCUGAUGAUUAAUGGUGGAAUGUACCAGGAAAUUGCAAAAACAAAUGCUGAUGCAGUGCGUGGGCUACAGCCAAAGAUCAGUAUAUGGACAAAUGAUAGAGAGGCAUCCGAUGGAGGGGCGAUGAAGGAGGUGGCAGGGGUGUAUCGUAUGCUACCGCCAUUGUUCAAGACGGUGCAGGAACAGACAGGUAUGCAGCCACCUGCAUGGAUGGGCAACCUUAAUGACGACGCAUCUACUAAUUGAUUGUGCAAAACACAAAUGUAUGUGUAGGUAUGUUUAAUAAGAUUGUUCGUGUGUUUGUUGUCGAUGAUUUUAAGGUUCGCAUUUUAUUCCAGUUGAUUCUGUAAACCACAAAUGCAUGUGUAAGUAUGUUUCAUAAGAAUGUUCGUAUACAUUUGUUGCUGUUUAUUUCAAUUAGUUGACUGUAAAGGCCGAAGAGGCAACUGUUUCAUCUCAGACAACAUUAAGCUCUAGAGCUGGUGUCAUGCUCUGACUGGAAGACAAGGUCAGCUUUUGAAGCCAUAUUAGAUGGACCAUAUUAAGACAGGAGUUGGAGCGCAUUGCUACAAUCUACAUGGAAUAUUACUAGUUCCACUGCAUCUACCGUCCGACAGACAAGCUGGAAAGGCAGGAUACUGCUUGAGAUGACAGAUGCACUCUAAUAGUUUGCCAAGCAAUGAAAAGUGAUGUCAGUAGCUUGUAUAUAAGUGAUGGUAUGGAGAGAGAAUGAUAAAGGUCAGCCAUCAAAUCUCCUGGUUUAUAGGAGCAGUUUAUUUCCAUGAUCACUCAAAGUCAUUGUGCUCGGUGGUGUCUGCUCUUUUUCUUUGAUUAAAAUGUUUGAUUUCACUUUGUUUACUGUUUUAUUUCCAAAUGGUUUGAUGACAUUAUUGUUAUUAUAAAGCAUCAUCUCCUUUUCCUAUCUUUGUCUGUGUGUUCUAUUUACACUCUGUUUCCAAACCAUGAAAACCGGCUUUCAGAAUUCCUGAUGCAAAAGGCGUGAGGAUUCGAUCAGGAUCAGUUUGUUCCUGUAUUGCUUUCGUGACAGAAUUUUAGUGCUACAGCAGAUCAGCAGCUUCAAAUAAUUAUAUCAAUAAUUUGAUGGUAUCACAGAUAUAAUUUCAAGUGAUACUAGGGCCUCAGCAAUAUGCCAUGUAUGCAUACUACUGUCAGGAAUAGAUAGAGAAAUUGUGCCUCAGUAUAGUGCUGUUCUCUGGUUGUCGAUGCAAAGGACGUGGGUCUGAAUCCUGCCUUCACCAUAGAACACAGUCUCAAUGACAUCUGAAGGGCUUUGCCUAUCUUUCUUCUCAA